AUGUCAGCCCAACAGGCCACAGUGACUGCUCCCGUCAACAUAGCUACAUUGAAGUAUUGGGGAAAAAGAGACAAAACACUAAACCUCCCAACCAACUCCUCCAUUUCAGUGACACUCUCACAAGCCGACCUUCGAACCCUCACUACGGCCUCCGUAUCACCCGAAUACACAGAGGACAAAUUAUGGCUCAAUGGGAAACUUGAAUCGCUCCAAUCUGCAAGAACACAAGCAUGUCUUGCCGAGCUCCGCUUUUUGCGUUCGGAAUUAGAAUCGAAAGAUUCUGCACUCCCCAAGAUUUCCAACUGGAAGUUGCAUAUUGUGUCUGAGAACAAUUUCCCUACUGCUGCGGGCUUGGCCUCUUCAGCAGCAGGCUUUGCCGCAUUGGUGUAUGCCAUCGCUACAGUGUAUAAACUUCCACAAUCAGCGAAUGAAUUGUCGAAAAUAGCCAGAAAAGGUUCAGGUUCGGCAUGCCGUUCAUUAUUUGGUGGGUUUGUUGCUUGGGAAAUGGGCCAAAACGAAGAUGGUUCAGACUCAAAAGCGGUUCAAAUUUCCGCCGAAGAGCAUUGGCCAACUAUGCGUGCGGUAAUCCUCGUUGUAAAUGAUGAGAAGAAAGACACCCCAAGCACUGAGGGUAUGCAAACAACCGUCAAGACAUCCGACUUGUUCCAACAUAGAGUCACAAAUGUUGUCCCUGCAAGAUUUGAGGAGAUGAAACAAGCAAUUAUUACGAAAGAUUUCCCAAAGUUUGCCGAAUUGACUAUGCGCGACUCAAACCAGUUCCAUGCUACAUGUUUGGACUCAUAUCCACCAAUCUUCUAUUUGAAUGACACUAGUAAGAAGAUUAUCAAGAUUGUUGAAAAAAUAAACUCCGAUGCAGGAGAAGUUAUCGCAGCAUACACUUAUGAUGCUGGUCCCAACGCAGUGAUUUAUUACGACGAAAAAGAUGAGGACAAAGUCCUUGGUGCUAUUUAUGCUAGAUUUGGAAGCGUUAAUGGAUGGAAUGGAAAGAAGUAUGAGGUAGCCCAUACCGCUGAAGAAUUGAGCGGAGUGUCAAGAGUAAUUUUGACAAGUAUUGGUAACGGACCACAAAUUUCUCAAGAAUCUUUGAUCAAUGAGAGCGGCGAACCAAAAAGUAAUUAA